AUGAAAAAGCUUAUUAUUGCUGGAAAAGUAACUUUCGGUACCAUCCUCUAUGCAGACAACAAGGAUGGAAAGUGUGUGUUGCAAUGCAAGGUAACUCCAUCGCAGCGCAUCAGAGAGGUCCCAAGAGAAGUCUGGGUAGCCCUCAAGAAAGAUGGAACUGUCUUGUGUGGUUGGUGCACAUGCAUUGCUGGCACGAGUGCAACAUGCAACCACAUAAUUGCAUCGCUUUACAAGAUGGAAUAUGCAUUCACCCAUGGUUAUACAGAUCCAUCAUGUACAUCAGUCCCUUGCGGAUGGAAUGUAUCAACCAGGAGAGAUGUGCAGCCAGGAAAGAUAAUAGACAUGCGAAUCAGAAAAGACAAGAGAACAACUGGAAAUGAAGAAAAUGAAGGAAUUAUUAUAGAUGAAUGGAGACAUUUUGAUCCAAGGAAAGAGGGGGAAAGGAACGUGACUGAUGAGGUGAAAAAGGGAUUCUCGGAUGGGUACAAACAGAUCAGGCCAAAUGCGCAAAUUUUCAAAAGUGUAGAGGCAGAAAAGCACAAUCAAAUGGACAGACCUUUAGAACUGACUAAAUUUGCAGAGAAUUUUACUGCAUCAUUAGAUGGUAGUGAGAGUGAACAGGACGUUGUAAAUAAAUUUUUGGAAGCUAUCCCCUUAAGUGCAAUGGAGGUUUCCCAAAUUAAGCGAGAAACCAAGGGCCAAAGUGACUCAUUUUCUUGGAUCAGGCACAGAAAAGGACGGAUAACUGCAUCGAACUUAAAAGAUGUAAGCACAAAAGUUGACUCCCUUGCAAAAGCUCGAGGUUCUGUCAAACCACCAACAACUCCUCUUGUUUCAAAACUAGUUCUUGGAUCGCAGAACAUUGACCACAUCCCAUCAGUCAGGUGGGGAAAAGAAAAAGAAAACGAGGCAUAUAAUGAAUUUUAUGCCAGGGCUCUUUCACAGCACCAAAACUGCAAGUUAACAAAGAGUGGACUUUGUGUUCUUAAAGACAAACCCUACAUUGGGGCCAGUCCUGAUAGGAUUAUGACAUGUUCAUGCUGUGGUACAACUGCAUUGGAAAUUAAGUGCCCAUAUUCCAUUCGAGACUUGUGCGUCAGUGAGGCCUGAGAACAAACAGAUUUCCUGGAGCAGAGGGAUGGAGUGAUUCAGCUGAAAAGAAGUCACAAGUAUUUCUUUCAAGUGACUGAUGUUAUGGCUGCAAAAUCGUUAUCAAAGUUGAACUUCGUUGUGUGGACAACAAAGAAACUACAUGUAGAACUGAUACAUUUUGAUGAUUCAUUUUGGGACAAGAUCAUUCCAAAGCUUGAUGUAUUUUUUUAA